GUGAAUUGGAGUAGUAUAGACUAAUAUAUAUAAUAGAGCAAGCCCACCAACUCCAACACUAACCACCCAGUCUCCCCUCUCCUCUUCUACCUUUUCCAUCUGCAACCCCCAACAUCCCCAACAAUGACCCCUCCAAAAACCAUCGUGGUAUUCGGCGCCACCGGCCAACAAGGCGGAUCUCUCAUCCAAUACAUCCUCAACGACCCUCAUCUCUCAUCCACAUAUCAAAUCCGAGCCAUCACCCGCGAUCCCUCCACCCCAGCCGCCCAGUCCCUCAAAACAGCCGGCGUGGAAGUCUUCCCCGCCGACGCCAACGACCCCUCCUCCCUCCUCCCUGCCCUCCAAAACUCCCACAUGGUCUUCUCCAUGACCCUGCCCAACUUCUUCGCUCCAGAUGCCAAACAAAUCGAAAUCGCUCAAGGAAAAGCCAUCGCGGAUGCAGCUGUUGCCUCGGGCACAGAACACAUCAUUUUCAGCACGCUUCCGCACGUCUCUAAAAUCAGCAAUGGGAAAUAUACCAAGGUGGAGUACUUUGAUGCCAAAGCCGAGGUGGAAGAGUAUAUCCGGGGGUUGCCGAUUAAAAGCACAUUUUAUGCGCCUGGGUGGUUUAUGCAGAAUUUUGGGGGGAAUAUGAGGCCGCGGACGGUAGAGGGUGCGGAUGGGAAGAAGGUGUUGGUGAAUGUUGUUGGGCCGGGGACGAAGUUACCUUUGAUUGAUCCGAGUCGUGAUACGGGGGUGUUUCUGGGAGGAGUGUUGAGGGAGCCGGAGAGGUGGCUGGGGAGGGUGGUCCAGGCGGCGGCGGAGGUUUAUUCGUAUGAGGAGGUGGCGGGGAUGAUGAGUGAGGUGCUGGGCGUGGAGGUGCAGUAUCAGGUGGUGGAGAGAGAGGUGUUUGAGGGGGAUUUGCCCCCGGUGUUUGCGGAUCGGUUGGUGGAGAUGGUGAGGUAUAUUGAGGAGUUUGGGUAUUUUGGACCGGGGACAGAGGAGAUGGUGAGCAGGACGGUGGGGGAGACCAAGGAUCGGCUUACGACUCUCAGGGAGUAUUUGGUGAGGGAGGGGAAGGAAUGAAGGUGCAGCUGUGCACGAUUAGAGAUAUGUUUUGGAGAAACUAUCUAUUCUCAGUUUAUGAUCCUUCUUCACCUAGAAUAUCGUAUUCUAAAUUCAUCAGAGCACCAAUGUCACGAAGAAGAGGGAAGGAACUGACCAGCCUUUUCAGGAGCAUAACCUUAGGCUGACUUCGAAGAUAGAUAGAUAGCCAUCAUGCAACUAAGCACUAA